UGUUGGAGAGCCAAGCCACAACAUUUACAAUCUGAGUACGACGUUUCGCCAGUAAUUACAACUAGCUUCCUCAGGCGACAGAAUGGUAAUCAUUUAUCCACAAUUGAUGUCAAAGGCAGAAUGGUGAUUAUAAUGAUGUAUAUCCACGAUGGAGAUUGAAUGCAAAAUAUGAAGAUGACACUCAAGGUCAAUGUGAAAGGCACACCGUGGGUGAUGGUGAUUAUGAUGUUCACCAGAACCACGUGCAGUCUGAAAUACGUAUAUAUAUUUCAUAAACGAUUAUGGCCUUGUUUAGCCACGAUCAGUGUGACGGGCGCAGGAACACCCUGUAACGACAAUGAUCAUGAUGAUGAUGAUGAUCACAACGACCUCUUCUCGCGAAGCAGAUUCAAAAUUUAAAAGCCCUCCCUCCCCCUCGAUGUUCUUCCGCGCGUUACCUCUCCCAGUGCACAUCGCGACACCUCGAUCGAGCGCGUGCACGUGUGACGCACGCGCGCACACAAACACACGCGCGCACGCGCCUUUGUGUGCGCGAGAGGAGAGAGAGAGAGAGGGUCGAGAGAUAAAGAGAAGAGAGAAAGGCAACGCCGGGAGAGAGUGAGAGACGCCCCUGCAUCAUCAUCGUCAUCCCUCCGGGCUCAUAGCCAGCGGCGUACGAGGCCGGUUAUCGUCGCAGAUGAAGACGCUUCGUCCACAUUUGCGCUACCAGAACCAACGCGUGCAGUCUGAAGCACGCAUCGUAAAACAACGCAGCGGUCAUUGCAAGGCAAGCAGAGGGAGGUGGGGUCGUCUUGGUUAUGCUGCAGUAGCAGCAGUGGCUGUCGUAGAUGGUGCAGGAAGAGGCUGUCGUCGGUUGCUUUAAUUUGUCCUUGUGAAUUAUCGGAGACAUCGUCCGCGGGGCCCGGAGUCACUCAUCAUCUCCCCUCUCACCUCGUCCUCCCUCCCUGUUGGGGCUGCACGCUCCCCCUCGCUCUCCGCCCCUCUCCUCCUCCUCCUCGGCUGCCCGAGGAGCGGCGACCCGAUGGUGCAGCGUGGGGGAGGAGGAGGAGGAGCACCCAUAGCAGCAGAGAGCGACACGCGGCUGCUGAUGCUGCAGCAACAGCAGCCCCAGCCGGGCAUGGAGGCGCCUAGCGUGAAGGUUCCCUGUAAGAGACCCGGCCCCAUUGGCGCGUUUAAGAACUCGGACUGCAGCACGUCCUCGGACACCACGAGCCACAGCUGGGCGCGCCAGGGCUCAGCGGAGUCGUACAACAGCCGGCCCACGGACUCGGACGUGUCCCUGGAGGAGGACCGGGAGGCCCUCAAACAUGAGGCCGAGAAGCAGGCCUUGGCUCAGCUCGAGAAGGCCAAGACGAAGCCUGUGGCGUUCACGGUGCGCACCAACGUGGGCUACAACGGCUUCCACGAGGAGAGCGCUCCCAUCCACGGUGCCGCCAUCUCAUUCGAGGCCAAGGACUUCCUGCACAUCAAGGAGAAAUACAACAACGACUGGUGGAUCGGGCGGCUCGUCAAGGAGGGCUGCGAGAUCGGCUUCAUCCCGAGCCCCGUGAAGCUGGAGCUCAUCCGCCAGCUGCUGGAGCAGAAGGCGCGGCAGGGGCGCUUCCAUGCAGGGAGACAGGGAACGAACUCGUCGUCCAGCCUGGGCGACCUCGUGCCGGGGUCACGGCGGUCGACACCCCCUUCAUCCGCCUACGACUUAGACGCAAUGGGUCUGGAAGCGGAGGAGACUGAUCUGCAAGGAAACCCUCGCUACCCUAAGGGCAGCGCAGGAAGCGCUGGCUCCACACAGGCCAAUGCCAAGCGCAAGCCCUUCUUUAGGAAGACGGAGAAUGUUCCUCCGUACGACGUGGUGCCGUCCAUGAGGCCCGUGGUGCUGGUGGGACCGUCGCUCAAGGGAUACGAGGUCACUGACAUGAUGCAGAAGGCCCUCUUUGACUUCCUGAAGCACAGAUUCGAGGGGCGCAUCUCCAUCACGCGCGUGACGGCCGAUAUCUCCUUGGCCAAGCGCUCCGUCCUCAACAACCCCAACCGGAGACCAAUCAUCGAGCGCUCCAACACUCGCUCCAGCAUCGACGUUCUGGCGGAGGUGCAGAGCGAGAUCGAGCGAAUCUUCGAGUUGGCGCGGACACUGCAGCUCGUGGUGCUCGAUGCCGACACCAUCAACCACCCGACGCAGCUCGGCAAAACCUCGCUCGCCCCCAUCAUCGUCUACGUGAAGGUUGCCUCGCCCAAGGUGCUGCAACGGCUCAUCAAGUCUCGCGGGAAGUCUCAGAGCAAACACCUCAACGUGCAGAUGGUGGCAGCCGACAAGCUCCUGCAGUGUCCUCCUGAGCUGUUCGACGUGAUCCUGGACGAGAACCAGCUGGAGGACGCGUGCGAGCACCUCUCCGAGUACCUGGAGGCGUACUGGCGCGCCACGCACCCGCCCAGCGCCAACCCGCCAAACCCGCUGCUCGAGAGGACCAUCGGCAACACGGCGCUGCCGAACCCGUCGCCCAUCUCCAACCUGCAGGGAGGGAGCACCACUCACCUCCAACACCACAGCGACCUAGGAACCCCCCCGCCCGGCAUGGACCCAUCCCGCCGCUCAUACAACAACCAACAGCAGCAGCAUCAACAGCAGCAGCAACAGCAGCAGCAGCAACAGCAGCAACAGCAGCACCUGCAGCAGCAGCAACAGAGGCACUCCCCGACGACGCCGUCGUCAUCCUCGUCGCGCCAGCCGCUCGUCCGCCGGUGGAGCGGCGGUCGCUCGGGAGGACUCGCCCGGCAAGACACCUUCGACUCGGAGACGCAGGAGAGCCGAGACUCGGCCUACACGGAGGAGCAGGCGGAUGACGAAUACCCCGAGCAGCAGCAGCAGCAGCAGCAGCGACGGAGGAGCAGGGAACGUGGUUACCCCGGUGACGCGUCUCCGCCGCAGGAUGGCUGCGCUUCACCCGGCACGGUGGGCAACGAUAUCCGGAUGCACCAACACCACCACCAGCAGCAGCACCACGAGCAGGAUCAGGGCGGAGGCCCCGGAGCGCGAGGAUCCUGGGAGCGGGAGCGUGCGCGAGAACUGGAUCACAACGAGCGCAACCGCCAGAGGAGCGGCGGUGCGGGAGGGACGGGAGGCGGCGGCGGCGGCGGCGGUAGCGGCGUUGCCGGCGGCGGUUCGGGGCAGCAGGCGCGACUCCACCGCUCGCGGGAAUCCAGCUACUACGAGACGGACGGAGCGGACAUCAUGGUGAAGGGCGGGCGUGGGGACUCGGCCGAGGCCGCGUGGUCGCAGCAGCUGUACGUGCGGCCCUGACGCGGCGGAGAUACCUAGGAGACGGCGGUGCUCGGUUUCGGCAGCUAUCGGAGGGGAUGAGUCGCGGUCGCGGUCGGGGCUGGGGUGGUGGUCGGAGCCGACAGGAGACCACGCGGGUGGACCCCUGCCACCAACCCCGCCAGUCCGGACCCCGGUGCAGCCCCCGUCACCGCUGCCAUCCUGACUCCUGUGUGCGCCGCUGAGCGCCAGCGAUCCGCGAGUCGCUGGGGUGGGGGGGGGAGGAGGAGACGACGAGGCCAGUGUGUCGCGAUGGAGCGCAGCGUUUGACCGUGAAGCUUGGCGAUGCCACGGAGCCCGAGAGGAAGUUACUUCUGGCCACGUGAAAUCGGAUUUUGUAUUGAGCUUAGCGCGUGGAAUCCCAUCUCGUUUUCUUACAUGCAGGCCUCAAUGAAUGUGUUUUUUUGGUGGUGGUGGUGGUGGUGGUGGUGAUGGUGGUGGUGGCGGUGGCGUCUACUUCGAAGUCAUUCGCAUCCAGCCAUCUCCUCCCACUCAGCUCCUCCAUCGCUAUCUAUCCCCUACAGCAGGGCUUCACAAACCACGGUGCCAACGCCUCCGCCCGCCCCCGCCGCCCGCCCCCAUCGCUUUGCGUUUACCAAUCGAAUCCAGUCGCAAUGGCACACGGUCGCACAAGCGCACAAUGAUUGGUGGACGCUCUCGGCGAUGGGGAAGAAUGAGAGUCGGAGUGUGGCUGGAGUUUGGGGAACAGCUGCUCUGUGACGGCACAGCCGUCGCCUUCGCACGCACGCUCCCUCUCAACUUCAGCCACCUUAACGCAGGGGGCCACCCCGCACUCCAGGCCUCUCACCCCCCACAGCACUCCUCAUUCGCACGUCCGCCGGUCCUCUUUGUGCUCAACGGAAGUGGAAGUCCGUUGGAAGCCUCGCGCACCCGGUGAUUGAAUGCCAAGCUAUAAAUCUAAACUUUUUUUUAUUUUACCAGGUAAGGCCCCACUGAGCUCCAUAGCUCUUUUUCAGAAGCGACCUGGCCACAAAUGAUAACUAACGAAAGUGACUUAUCGCGUGGAAAUUUAUAGCAGCCAAAUACUCUAAACGCAUUUUGAGCCUCUUGGAGAUCAUUCUCUGGCCAAGUUUUGUUCUCAUUAUUUAUAGUUUUGUGUUUGUGCGUGUUUAUAUACCGUAUAAACUUGCACAGUGUUUAAAUAAAUGUUUCAUUCUGUCCUCCAGCCAAGACAUUUUUUUGGAAUAAUUUUUCAUUCACGUGACAUUAAUGUUGCGACAUGAAAUGGGUUUCAAACAGCGUGCAACAUGGAAUUGCGCGGAAGGCAGGCCUUGUCCGCGUCGUGCAUCAAAGUACAGAGUUACACAAAGAGGCCAGCUAUUGUGCAUGAACACCCAUUUUUUUUAUGCGUAGAUUGCAAGCGGUUUGCCGCAGCAGCCAACUCCUUAGGCACAGAGGCCACCUUCGUUAAGCGCCGAGCUAUUCAUGAACAAUUCCCGGCUCCAAGCCCAACUCGCAGCACUACAGCAACGGGCCGUCUCAAAUAAUCGCACCUCCGAUCGGCACGGCUGGCUACGUACGGUGCGAAAGAAGUUCAGCACACAUCGCGGCGCUACCACCGUCAUUUCUCAGGAGAGCCUGAAAACAUCCUUCAGUUCGCCCCCAGUGUGAACUGAACACGCACCUACGUGCUGCCAUGCACACACCUCCACGCGGCCACGAUGUUUUCCCUCGGAGUUUGUGAAUCCGGGAAUACCCCAACCCUGACCGGGGCCAGGGAGGCCUGCGGCUGGGUUUGGGUCUGGUUCAGGGUCAGGGUUUUUGGGUCAGGGUCUCGGGGUGGGUGGGGGGGGGUGUGGGAAAGGGGCUUCCUGUCGCGUGAAUCUCGCUCGGGCGGAGAGCGAACGGUGGGCACCUGUGAAACGCGUUUUGGUCUUGCCCGCACCUCGACCGCACCUCGUUUUGAAGGGGGUGAAGUCUUCGCCUGCCCCGUGUGUCGUGCUGGCUGGCGCGGGCUGGCGCGGUUGGGACGCCUGGGUCAGAGAGACACGUUAUUUUGUUUGAAGCCAAUACGGUUUUAUUUAUGCAUGAAAACAUCCGUCUUCGUCUGUAGCACCAAGUGGAUACAGGAUUUAAAAGGACAGUAGAGCCCACUCGAAGCGGGAUGUCAUUUGGAAGUAACAAGUGACAUUUUAACUUUUACAUGACAAUUAUAAAUACGACAUAUAUAUUGAUUAUUUAAAAAAUGAUGGUAAUAAUUUAAAGAAAACAAUCACUCAUUUUAAAAUGGGGGGGGGAGAGGGUGAGGGUGAUACAUGAAGUAAAGAGUGAUGUGUUUGCACUCUCCACAUAUCAGACACGAGUCGCGCGUUGAGACUUGUCAAUCGGACGAUGAUGGAAGGAGUGGCUGGUUUUAGAGGAGUUCUUCGAUAUUUUAACAACAGUACUCUACUGUAUAUUUAAAGCAUGGUUACCUCUUUUUGCAGAUUAUCACAUGCUUUUUUUUCUGUCUUGCACAAUGCGAACGCCGUCUCAAUGCCCCCCCCCUCCCCACGUAUGGCUAACGAAGGGCCGCGUUCAUUAAGGCAGGUUCACACUUAGCUCUUUGGCUCGCCGGUGAACACUUUUGAUUCCCAUUACCAAGCCGUUGGGUAAUAUAUUUUUUUACAUCGACCAUUGCCCGUGGUAUGAGUGGCAUUACCAAUACGUGUCCCCGUUGUCAUCCGUAGCGUGUGCCGCCUGCUGUGUGGUGCACGUUAAAUGGACAUCUGUGAAAAAAGAGAUUUUAUAGCUCAUCAGAUUCCUCCAGUUAUAAAUAUUCUGAUUCUAUAACGCGUAGUUAUCGUUUUGCAGUUGGAGGAGUAGAUUUGUGCACCUGCGUCACCGGUGCCAUCUGUGGCAGCGUUGUCACCUGUGGCACCGGUGUUACCUGUGUCACCUGUGACACCUGUGUCAUCGGUGUCACCUGUAACACAGGUAGUACCUAUGUCACAGAUAACACCUGUGCCACAGGUAACACCUGUGGCACCUGUCACUUGUGUCACCUGUGUCACCUGUGACACCUGUGACACAGGUGACACCAUUGUCACCGUUGUCACCUGUGUCACCUGUGUCAGUCGCAGAUUCUACGUUUUGGCUGCGGUCUGCCCACAGCACUAAUCCCAAAGCGGAAACGCUGACAAUUACACGAUGCAGUUACGUACACGGUACAGCUGCGGUAGAUCCAGGUGGUUCGGAUCUGCCUUGCAAAAUUAACACGGGGAAUGCAUGCCACUUUCGCGUGCAAAGGAACCAGGUAAAAUGCAGUAGAGCAACGGUGGUGUUAGCCCCUCCUUAAAUCACUUUUUGUUCCUGUUUCUUCCACCGUACAUUUUUUUAAUGAAAGGAAUUGGCCAAACACACUAAGGAGGUAACCUCCUGAUUAAGACUUUUGGCAUUCAGUGAGGCUUUCCUGGGUAAACACACUACAUUUGUUAUCAUCACCAUCUCAUUAAUUGAAAACAAAUUGAAGGCACGGCUUGGUAUUCAGCAAGAAUGAAGUGAUGCCCUCAUAGUUUCUCGUAUAAUCUCAAUUGGGUUUGCGCCGAAUCCGACGCUGCAAACCGUGACUUUGAAUCUCGCGGUGCGGUCCAAGGAGGCAGUGCUGUCUGCUCCGGGUUUAAUUUCUCUAUGCCCAAUUUAUUUAUUUGUGAUUUUACUCCGCACUGGGCAGCGGCUAGUUUACGUGCAGCUGAAGAGUGAAUGUAAGGAAAUGACACACACAUACACAAUGUUUUUUGUAACACGGCUUCUCUUGCAGCCCUGGCGUGCAAGACUUGGGAUUUAUGGUAACAGACAGCACUGUGUCCUGUAGCUUAGACACCGCGAGCCUCCACAUAUCCGGCCUCCGUACAUUGGCUGCAACUCGAACCUGCCUUAAGGAGAGCCGUUUGCGUGACCGCGUUCACAUUAUCAUCGGGGUGGAUUUCACAGCACGCUAAGAUUCCUCCCAUCUCACGUGUGUUUAUAAUGCCCCAUGCAUUACUAUGAUUAUUAUUAUCAUGAUGAUUAUUACUACGUGAUGAAUCCAUAUCAUUGAGCAGAUUGUUUCAGAUUUGACGGUGAAUUUUAUUCUUUUAUUUAACAAAAAAAGCGUUGAAUAAAAAUGUUGUGGGGAAAAAAUGUAAAAAAAAACAAUGGAUACAUUUGAAAACAAAAAAUGUUAAGCAUGCCAGCUGCAUGGUUGUGGUACAGAGAAAACAAAACAAGAAUUAAAAAAAUGAUUGCAUUAA